GUGAGCUCACGCACGUCGAACACUCAUCAGCGCAACGGAGCCGCGGCGCGGUACCCGUCGACGUCCAAAAAUGGCGUUCCGCGCGGCGUAGCUCGCCAACGAGACCGCGAAGUCCGCGGACGACCGGCACCCGCCGAUGUCGUCGUGAUCACUCGAGCUCACCGACCGACCGACCGACCGAAUCGCCGCACCUGGUGGUGUACCUGGCGGUGGUCACCGCUACGAGGAAGAGCCGACGUAAAUACAGCGGAACCGCGCGUGCGUUCCUGCGUCCUGCGUGCGUGCGUGCUCGGCUAUACGUGGGUGGACGGUACUCGAGAAUGCAGUCGACCGAACAACUGCGACCAGAACAACUGGUGGGUCUGGUGGCCCGCUCGGCCGAGGGAACGGCCGCCAAAGGGAUGCCGAUCAAAGGCCACGAAGACCUCUGGGUGGAGAUCCAGGCCAAUACCUUCCGCAAUUGGGUGAACGAGCAUCUGAAGCACGCCGGCGACGUGGGCGGCGGCCCCGUGUUGGACCUCGCCGAGGACUUUAGGGACGGCACGCGGCUUUGCGCCUUGGUCGAGGUGCUCACGCAACGUCGUCUGCCGCGAUGGAACCCGAGGCCGGCGAACCAGCACCACCACCUGGAGAACGUGUCCACGGCGCUGCAGGCCAUCGAGGCUGACGGUGUGAAGCUUGUCAACAUCGGUAACGUGGACAUCGUGAAUGGCAACCUGAAGCUGAUCCUGGGCUUGAUAUGGUCGCUCAUUGUGCGCUAUCAAAUAGGCAAAUCCAAGUUCCCGCCGAGGAAACUCAUGCUCGCAUGGCUCAAGGCUGUCUUGCCGGAAUGCAGAGUCAAUAACUUUACGACCGACUGGAACUCCGGUGUGUACCUGAGCGCGCUUUUGGACUACUGUAAGCCCGGCCUGUUCUCUCAUUGGCGACAGCUUGAUCCGAAUGACAGCGUUUACAAUUGCCGCAAGGCUAUGGAGAUAUCGAGGCGGGAGUUCGAUAUUCCCAUAGUGCUGGAGCCGGACUACCUCGCCUCACCGUACCUGGACGAGCUCUCGGGGAUGACCUACUUGUCGUACUUCAUGAAGGAAGGCUCGCCGGGCUUCCACGCAACGCUACGAUGGGUCAAUUCGCAAUUAUCACAUACCUCGAUACGGAACUUUACGACCGACUGGAAUGACGGUAGAGCGCUGUGCGGGAUCGUCCGAAACUUGGGCGGCCCGGCGCCACCCUACGAGAAACUCGACACUUCCGCGUGGGAACAUAAUUUGCAAAUGGGUAUCGACGGCGGCAAGAAACUGGGCGUGGAGCCUAUUCUGAAAGCGAAAGAUAUGGCGGACCAGAAUGUAGAGCAUUUAGGCGUAAUGGCAUACGCCGCGUACUUUCAGUGGGUGAAGCCUCGCCCUCAGGCGAGCCAGCAGAUUGCCGUGCACAUCGACAGCACAUCCGCCAGGGCGCAACAGCCGGCACACUUCAAGCUAGAGAUGCUGACCAAAGAUGCGAACGCGAGGGAGGUGCGCGGCGAGAUCAUCAGCCCCAGUGGACGCGUCGAGUGCAGGCUCACGUGGAACGGAGCUCACGGGAAAGGCACCUUCGUACCUACGGAAGUCGGCAUGCACAAGCUGAUGGUGUACAACGACGGCGAGUUGGUGAACGGGUGUCCCUAUUAUUUCAGGGUCUUGCCGCCCUUAACGAAAAUCAAAUCCCCGGGCAUGGAUCCUUGCGCCAUAGGAUCUGUCGUCGAGGUUCUAGUCAAUAGUUAUGGAACUAGUCAUGAUGGUAUUGACGUGACCGCGUGGUCGCCGACCGGCAGAUCGCUGCCGUGCCCCGUCAAGGAAAACGACGGCGUGCACACGGCAACUUUUCAGCCCGACGAGACGGGGGAAUGGAGCAUCGCGAUAACGCACAAAGGAAAUCACAUACAAGGCGGCCCCUUCACCUGCUUCGUGUUCGAUCCUAACGGAAUCAAGCUUUUGGACACGGAUGGCGCCAUGCCUGGGCAGCCGUUCUCCUUCAUCGUGGACGCGAGAGGGACCGGCGGGCUGGGCGACGUGAUAAUCGACAUAGUGCACGAUAAACAGUCGGUAUCCUACCGAAUGGAGGACUUGGGCCACAUGCAGUACCGCGUAUCUUUCGUUCCGGAGGACGCUGGCAAGUACAGGGUGUACGUGUACUUCAACGGUUCGGACGUGCGCGGCUCGCCGUUCUCCAUCCGAGUGGGCACGCAGAAGGGCUCCAGACGCUCGAAGGAGUCCACAUCGAGCCUGGAGCGGUCGAAGGUGUCAUCCCUGGAACGACGGAUGAACGGGCUGAACGUCUCGGCGACCGAGAGGUCGAGUCCGACCCAGAAGAUUUACACGUCCACCGCGUACAAGUCCAUCAGCCCGACGCAGCGCGGCUACUCGCCCAUCCACCAAGCCAGCCCGACCUACAAGACGGUCUCCAGCGGCAACUACGUCAACGAGAACUCCAGCAGCUCGAUAUACCACAGCAGUAGUUCCCUCAACCGCACCCGUUCGCCGAACCUCAAUCACAGCCCCGUGCCGAGGAACGUGCACAGUCCGUCAGUGGUGAAGGAGACGAAGGAGAUCUACAGUGGCAACAGCAACACGUACAGCCAGCACUCGAGGUCGCCGAAUAACCUGCAGAGUCCCAGCUUUAUCAAGGAGUCCAAGGACAUCUAUUCGUCCAGCACGCUCAAUCGGUCGCGCUCGCCGAACCUCAGCCCGACCACGGCGCUCGGCUCGGCGCGGCAUUUGCCUAUCAUCAAGGAGAGCAGAAACGUCUACAGUUCAGGAUCCCUGCAGAGAUCGCGCUCGCCCACCCGCAGUCCGAUGAUGUACCGCACGCAGAGCCCGGUGAACCGCAGCUUCAGCCCGCGCGCCGGCGACAAGGAUAACGCCGGCGUUGUGGACACCAGCAGCAACGUGCGGGUGUCGUCGAUGGUCGGCGGCACCUCCAGGCGCGACUCCUGGGACGCGAUCGCCAAGACGCGCUCGUUGCUGUCGUUCGGCAGCCUCGAGUCCCUGGCGAACCUGACGAACAACUCGCCGACCGCCGACAACGCCGGCAGCUCGCCGGAUCACUUCCUCAAUAAUAAUUAUAAGAACGCGCAAAGCUACUCCACCGGCAGCACCGUCACCACCAGCACCACCACCGCCGUAGCUGCCAACAGCAUCACGAAGAAUACGACGUCGCACAGCGCGACGAGCUACUCCAGCUUGCAGAAGUCCUCGAGCCCCGAAUACGGCGCCGGGCAGAGGUACGUUAACGACUCGCCUCAGCAGCAAAACACCCGCACGCACGGCAUCCUGAAGAACAAGAACAACAACUACCACGGGAACAGCAAGAGCGUGGACACGACGGACGCGGCCGGGUACGAGCACUAUCUGAAUAAUAACGGCGGUGCCGUUUACGUAUCGACGCCCGUCGCCGGCGCGUCGUCGGCCGGCAAGAGCUCGCUCGUCGCCACCGGAAGCGCGCUGGAAACCCUGCCGGUGCACCGGCCGACCACUUUCAGCGUCGCCUCCGCCUCCGUGGAUCCCAAUAAGGUGUCCGUCACCGUCACCGGUCCAAGCGGCAAGAACGUGCCGGUGCAAAGGUCGAAACUGCGGGGCCUGACGUACACGAUCACCGCCGAGGAAGUCGGCGAGCACGUGAUCCAAGUCUUGGUGAACGGCCAGCAUAUCAAGGGAUCCCCCUUCAGGUCGCAGGCAUAUAAUGCCCGAGCUAUUCAGGUUGGAAGCAUCCCGAACGGAGUGGUGAACCAGCCGGUGGAAUUCGAAAUCGACGGAUCGAGAGCCGGCUCCGGAAACUUGGAAAUCCUCGUGAACGGGGGACACGUUACCAGUUUCGUGAGAGCGCUAGGCAGUCAGCGUUUCUUGGCAUCAUUCGUGCCACAUGAAGCGGUCACGCAUUUAGUGGAAAUGACGUUCAACAGCGAAGUCAUUCCUGGGUCACCUUGGCGAGUCGGCAUAAUGCCCGCACCGAAGAUGUCAGUGAUCGGUGAUUCCAUCAGGCUGGUCCCCGCUGGUAGCCCUGCCCUCUUCGAGUUGUCCGCACUGGGCUUUAGGAGUAGUGAGAUCGACGUGCAGAUUAUAACGCCCUCGAAGAGGCACAUUCCCGCGAGGAUCGACGAGGAACCAGGACGAUCCGGCGAAUUUCGCGUCGAGUUCACGCCGACCGAAGUAGGCAGUCACCUUGUGGAGGUCAGCAUCGCGGGACAAAAGCUACCGGCGGGACCGCUCGUCGCCAAGGUCUACAACAGCAGUUUGAUCCAGGUUACUGACGUACCUAGCGCCGUGGUCGGCCAUGCCUGUCAAUUCAGAGUGGAUGCCAGCGCUGCUGGGGAAGGCCAACUGGAGAUCUCCAUAAACGAAGGCGAAGUGCCCAAUCACGUGCAAGUAGUGGGUGGCGGCCGUUGCCUCGUAUCGUUCACGCCCGAAGUCGCGAAGUCGCAUUACAUCGACAUCAAGUUCAACGGAGAAGCGGUACGCGGAUGUCCGUUCGUCUGUAACGUCUCGGACACCAGCAGAGUCACGUUAAGUUUGAGUCAUCUGGAGCUCAUCCCCGUCGAUAUACCCGCCAGCUUUCACAUGGGAGUCGACGGAAGUGGAAGUGCGGAGCUUGCGGUCUCCGUAAGGGGACCGAAUAACGAAUUGCCGGUCAAAGUGACCGGUGACAUAAGUAGCGGCUUCACUGCGGAGUUCAUACCACGGGACGUAGGCGUACACUCAAUUAGCGUGGAAUAUAACGGCUAUCCUGUCAACGGCACGCCAUUCUUAGCUAAGGCUUUUAACGCGGACAAAGUGCUAAUUGGACCAGUAGCCAGAGGCAGUGUCGGCCAACCAACCCACUUUACCGUCGAUGCGAGUCAGGCGGGCGAGGGGAACUUGGAGAUCACGAUAUCGGCUCGCGGUCAAAACAUACCGACGCAAGUGACGCCACAGGGGAACGCACGGUUCUCCGUCAGCUUCGUGCCGUUCGAGGCGUGCGAGCACGUGAUCAACAUCGCCUUCAACAAGAAGACUGUGCCAGGUUGCCCCAUAGUAACGCGCGUAGGUGGCGACAGCCAUGUAACCGUGAGUGGGCAGGCAUUAAGCAGCGCUGGAUUAGGACGGCAAAGCUAUCUUACCGUCAGUAACGUUGCCGGUAGCUUGGAGGACUUAGAAGUUAACGUUGAAGGGCCCAAUGGACAGGCCGUACCUGCUCAGGUCACUGACAACAAAGACACAACAUGCAGCGUGGCGUUCACACCGAGAGUCGUUGGAGAGCACCGUAUCUCGGUGAGCCAUCGGAACAUUCCGGUGGUCGGCAGCCCCUUCAGCUGUAAGGUGUACGAUGUCACCGCGAUCAAGGUGAAGGAUGCCAAACGAGGCGUUAUCGGGAUGCCCGUGACUUUCUUGGUCGAGACUAGUCAGGCGGGACCAGGAAACCUCGAGGUCACUGUGAAUGGUGGUCGGGUGCCGACCUCGGCACAGGCUCAAGGCCCUCACACGUACGCGAUUUCGUUCACCCCGCGCGAACCGAUCGUGCACACCGUGGACCUGCGCUUCAACGGGGAGGACGUGCCUGGCAGUCCGUUCAGUUGUCAGGUCAGCGAUACUGCGAAAGUGCUGAUAACCGAGGGACUCGAGAAAAUAUCUGUGAAUCGUGUCGCGACCUUCACAAUAGAGGCCGACACGUCUCUCGGGACACCGGUUGUUGAGGUGCUCUCUCCCACCAGAGAGAGCUUGCCUGUGCAUAUCAAGCAAAAUGGUCACGGCACCUACACCGCUGGAUUUACACCGAAAGACGUUGGCGAUCAUAGUGUCGAGGUGAAACUUAGCGGUUCGCACGUGGAAGGAAGUCCGUUCCUCGUCAAGGCCUACAAUGCUGACAAAGUUAAGGUGACGGAUAUAAACAGCGGAGUCGUCGGCAAGCCAGUGUUCUUCAGCAUCAAUGCCAGUCAAGCCGGAGCUGGGAACCUGGAGAUCAUAGUCGCGGUAAACGGCAAGAACGUACCGAAUUACGUGCAGAGCGAGGGCAACGCCAAAUUCCGGGUGAACUUUAAGCCACAGGAGGCCGCCAUGCAUAGUCUCAGCGUUCGUUUCAACGGAGAGCCAGUUCCAGGUUCACCGUUCAGUUGCAAAGUGGUAGGCGCGGGUCAAGCGGUGAUCUCCGGUCACAACUUGAAGAUGGGCGCUGUGAAGCGACUGGUGUCUUUCACGGUGGAUCCGCAGGCCCCGUCCACGAAUUGCGACGUGAUUGCGACGCCGCCGUCGGGCAUCGCUCUGCCCAUCACCAUCGAGCCUAUCGACGGCAAGUACAACGUGAGCUUCGUGCCUACGGAGGUCGGCAGGCACAACGUUAGCGUCUUGAUAGACGGCGAAUCGAUUAAGGGCUCUCCGUUCGCGUGUAAUAUUUAUGACGUGACUAAGGUCCACGUGUCGGGUCUCAUGGAGGCGUUGCUGGGCCAGGCGACCACAUUCACGGUCGACGCGGCGGAAGCCGGCGAGGGAACUCUUGAACUGGUAGUCAGCACGGAAAACAACACGGUCAAGGCCGAGGUUGUGGCCUGCGCACGCGGACUAUACGACGUCACGUUCGUGCCGCAAACGACGAGCGCUCAUUAUGUCAACAUCAGCUUCAACGACGACAAUGUUCCAGGGAGUCCGUUUAAAUGCCCCGUUGUCAGUGGUAUGUUACACGGCCCAUCGAUGGUGCGAGUUGGUAACACAGCUUACAUCGACUUGGACAUGUCUGACUUGAACGGUCCUGUAUCGGCGGAAGUCACCGGCCCAGACGGAAUAAUCAUUCCAUGUACGCUGACGAAACUAUCCUCGAGCUUGUAUCGCGUAGAAGUUCGGACGCGACAAGUAGGGACAUACAGUAUAAUAUUCAACGACGCACACACCUUGGUCAGUUCGCAAACACUUCAAGCUUUCGAUCCCGGCAAGGUUUCCAUCAAGGAAGUGGCGGACGUAGUGUGUCAUCGACCCGGGACUAUUUUAGUCAUUGCGUCGAAAGAAGCCGGUCCCGGCAAAUUAGCGGUCAACGUGCGCGCCGGCGGUGCGGACGUGGACAGUUUAGUAAGGGAAGGAGACAACGGUGUCUACGAGAUUGUAUUCCAUCCCACGCGCACCGCACCUCACAGGAUUCACAUAAAAUACAACGAGGUCCAUAUUCCAGGGAGUCCACUGGACGUGACGGUGCGCGGGCCUACCGGAGGGCGAGAAGUAACAGCGACAGGGUUAGGCUUAUACCAAUCGUGUGUUGGGAAGGUGACGUCAUUCACGAUCGAGACCCUCGGUCGGCCGGGCAAAGAGUUCGACGUCGUAAUUAGCGGGCCGCAGGGCAACGCCGUGCCCGUACGCUGCUACCAGCAUCGCGACGGCAAUCUGCUCGCCGAGUUCACAACAAAUUCCGUUGGUACGUACAAGAUCGACGUGCUGCAGGGGGCGAAGCCCGUAUUGGGCUCACCGUUCUUCUGUCAGGCCUUCGACGCUGCCAAGGUGAAGCUCCAGGAGCUGGGCCCGAUGACGAUCUCGGUCCACGACCACAUCGCCUUUAAAUUGAUGAAAGCCGACGCCGGUAUGGCCGACCUGGACGUGACGGCGACCAGUCCGUCGGGCCAGGAGAUCCCGCUGCAGGUGACACCGCUCAACGACGGCGCCGAGAUGAUCGAGUUCUCCCCCAGCGUGCCCGGUACUUACAUGAUCAACGUCACCUACGGCGGAUGCUCCGUGCCUGGGAGUCCAGUGGUGUGCACCGUCGACGCAGCAGGACAAGCGCGCGCGAAAGGCGAGGGAUUGCUGAGCGGUCACGUGGGUAAGCCGGCGCAUUUCAUCGUCACCGGCACGAGGAGUCCCCCGGCGGUUCAGGUGGAUGGGCCGGACAGCGUCUCCAAGGCUACCAUCGAAGCCGGCGCGAAUCCGGGCACGUGGAACGUGUCGUACGUGCCGACCGAGGUCGGCGUGUUCGAUGUGAGGGUCGUUUCCGCCGGGCAACAACUGCCGGGAUCUCCGUGGCACCCGAAGAUCAUAGACACGCGGAAUCUUCGCGUUAUCGGUGGGUGGUCCGCAGUGUGUGACGAUAUCGGACGCUUAAAGCUGCACUCGUCGAACAAGAUCAGCUUCGACACCGCGGAGGCCGGGCCCGGCGAGAUCAGCGGGACCAUCGGCGAUCAUCCGCUGAGCUUCGAGAUGACGUCCAAUAACAGGUUGAAGCUCGUUCCACCUCAGAUCAACGGCGGCGAGCACCGGCUGGAGAUACUCUUCAACGGCACACCGUUUCCCGGCGCGCCGAAGCUCGCGGUCGCGCAGGACUUGGAGCCUCCGGUGCAGGACACGAGUCGAGUGUUGCUGAAAGGACGAGGACUUACGUCGGCCAAAUGCGGCGAGGAGGUCAGUUUCACCAUAGACGGCUCCCAAGCCGGCAACGGAACGCCGAAGGUUCAACUGUUCUCGCCUACGAGCGAGCUCAACGUUAUGUUACAACAUCUAGGCGACAGCGUGUACCGUGCGAGCUACAUACCGUUAACGCCGGAUCCACUGCUGAUGACCGUCUCGUGGAAUGGAAGGCAGCUGAAGGGUUGUCCCCUGCAGAUCAACGUCACAAGCGCAGCCGACGCGUCCAGGGUCAUUUGUUCCGGCGAUGGGCUGAAGCACGGCGUCGUCGGGCAGGAGAUUCGCAGCUUCAUCGAUACCAGAAGAGCCGGACCAGGCGAGUUAACGGCACACUGCGUCGGGCCGCACAAGGUAGCGUACUGUGAGCUAUACGAUCAUGGCGAUGCCACGUUCACGUUGAACGUGAAGCCUCAAGAAGCGGGACGGCAUGCAUUGACGAUCAAAUAUGCCGGCGAGCAUGUCCCCGGGUCUCCGUUCACGCUGCGGGUCUCUGGUGCUCCGGACGCUUCGAAGGUACGCGUUUACGGGCCGGGUAUCGAGCACGGUGUGUUAGCGACUUUCCAGUCGCGGUUUAUCUGCGACACGCGGGGCGCGGGUGCCGGCCAGCUUACGGUGAGGGUGCGCGGACCUAAGGGAGCGUUCAGGGUGGAGAUGCAGAGGGAGACGCAGAAGGACCGGAUCAUUCUCUGCCGGUACGAUCCGACGGAACCCGGCGAUUACAGAGUGGAGGUUCGCUGGGCCGGCGUGCUCGUGCCGGGGUCUCCGUUCCCGGUUAAGAUCGUCGAUACUCAGGAUGAAUUACUGAUGCUCACGCAGGGUGGAGACAAUUAUUCGACAGGCCAUCACACUAUCACAUCGUGGCGUGGAUCGCAAGCUAUACUGUAGAGACGCCGCGUCUAACAUUGUUAUUAUUUUGUAUGGACUAAUAUAUAUCCGGUAAUAUAUAAUAAUUAUUGUAACUUAUGCAAACACAUUUUCAAUAAACUCAAUUCUCGUUCGGCA